AAGCCAGUCUCAGUAAUGAAUUACUGCGUGUCAGACUUGUACGAAAUGCCCCACAGUGCGGCCGGGGGCUACACGGUACCGGGCGGAGGUGAGUACUGUAUGUACGGAGGAGAAGGGCCCAGUUUCGCACACUGCGAGCCCCAAUCCUUGCACCAUCCGCCAUGCGUGGAUCAGAUGUGGCCCGCGGGCCAGCCAUAUGUCUGCGGUUACCCUGGAAACAACCCGGUGUUCAAGAGCGAGUUCUGCAACAUGGGGAUUCCUCUUGGUCUUGAGCACCAGCCCGAGUACUUCUCCGAUGCUAGGCAGGAUUUCUCUCAGAUGCAGUGGAUCCACGGCCCUCAGAAGAAAGGGUACAUACCGAGUUACCUGGACAAGGACGAGUUGUGUGUAGUGUGUGGAGAUAAGGCAACGGGCUAUCACUAUCGCUGUAUAACGUGUGAAGGCUGCAAGGGGUUCUUCCGGCGAACAAUCCAGAAGAACCUGAACCCGACAUACACCUGCAAAUAUGAGGGGAAGUGCGUCAUCGACAAAGUGACCAGGAAUCAGUGCCAGGAAUGCCGCUUCAAGAAAUGCAUUGCCGUUGGCAUGGCGACGGACUUGGUGCUGGAUGACACCAAGCGUCUGGCCAAGCGGAAGCUGAUCGAGGAGAACCGGGAACGCCGCCGGCGCGAGGAGCUGCAGAAGACGGUAUGGGAACGGCCGCAACCCACGCAGGAGGAAUGGGAUCUGAUCCGUCUGGUUACCGACGCUCACAAGGCGACAAACGCCCAGGGCAACCAUUGGAAAGAGAAGCGCAAAUUCCUGCCUGAGGACAUCGGCCAAGCGCCCAUCGUAAACGCGCCGGAAGGGAGUAAAGUGGACAUAGAAGCCUUCAGUCAGUUUACAAAAAUAAUCACCCCCGCCAUCACCCGAGUGGUGGACUUUGCCAAAAAACUGCCAAUGUUCUGUGAGCUGCCUUGUGAGGACCAGAUCAUCUUGCUUAAAGGCUGCUGUAUGGAGAUCAUGUCUUUGCGUGCGGCCGUGCGCUACGACCCCGAGAGCGAGACGCUGACGCUUAAUGGCGAGAUGGCAGUGACACGCGGUCAACUGAAGAAUGGCGGACUGGGCGUGGUCUCGGAUGCCAUCUUUGACCUGGGCGUGUCUCUCUCCUCCUUCAACUUGGACGACUCAGAGGUGGCGCUGCUACAAGCCGUCAUUCUUCUCUCCUCCGACCGGCCAGGCUUGACGAGUGUGGAGCAGAUAGAGCGUUGUCAGGAGGACUUCCUGCUGGCCUUCGAACAUUACAUCAACUUCCGCAAGCACAAGGUGGCGCACUUCUGGCCUAAGCUGCUGAUGAAGGUGACGGACCUCCGUAUGAUUGGUGCCUGCCACGCCAGUCGUUUCCUGCACAUGAAGGUAGAGUGCCCCACCGAGCUGUUCCCGCCCCUUUUCCUGGAAGUGUUUGAAGACUGACGGAGCGCCAUACCUGACCCUGGGCCGAACGGACACGAUUAAAAAAAAAAAACAAACAAAAAUACAAAAGCAAACAAAAAAAAAAAAACAGGAAAAAACGAACUCUGUUCUAGCACUACUGAGUGUCCUUUCAUUCCAUAGAAGUAGGAGUAGCUUUCAGCCCUAGCUGUGGAUGGAACCAUUCCUUACGAUGCGGGUACAUGUGAAUAGCGUUAGAGUUUUUCUUUUUUUUUUUUUUUCUUUUUUUUUUUGUACAUGUCUUUCUCUC